AUGUCGCAGCUUUAUGACACGCAGGGAUGGGGGUUUCAGCACGAACUACGGACGAAGUAUGGCCCCGUGUCUAUGCUUCGGACUUUAUUUAGCCAACCGAUGUUGUGCAUAUACGACCCUGCGGCUAUGAAUGCCAUCGUUAUGAAGGACCAGCAAAACCGCCUGCCACUAUUCGAAGAGCUGGAAUGGUAUAUGAACCUCCCGCUAGACGUUUUCGGACCCGGUCUGCUAUCCACCACAGGAGAAACCCAUCGGAAACAGCGUAAGCUGCUCAGUCCAGUAUUCUCUACGAAGAACCUCCGCCUCGUUACUCCAGUGUUCCACGACGUUGCGCAUCGCCUCACUAGCGCCAUAUCAGCGGCAGUAAUCGCCGAUGCAAAGACUGUCGACGUCGCUCAGUACAUGACACGCGCAGCCCUGGUACUGAUUGGACAAGCCGUGCUCGGCCACUGCUUCGAUCCGCUAACCGAGGAGGGCCAACAUCCUUACGCGGAAGCCCUGAAGUGCUACAUACCAGCACUUACUGCCCUCACCCGGUGGACACCACUGUAUCGUCUCGCACGACCUCUCAUGCCCACCUGUCUGCGGCGACCCCUCAUGAACCUCCUGCCUUCUCGACGUGUCCAAGAGCUUCUCCGCAUCGUCGACACGAUGCACGCAAACGCGAUCGGCAUUUACAAUGAGAAGAAGGUCCUCGCCGAGUCCUUGGAGAAGGCCGACGAAAAUCAUGAGACGACGACGGACCUGAUCACGCUACUUCUCCGGGCUAAUGCGGGCGCGUCGCAAGAGGACGCGCUGCCGGAAGAGGAACUCAUCGCGCAGCUCUCAAUCCUGAUGUUCGCUGCGACAGACACGACCUCCAAUUCCCUCACGAUCAUCCUAGACCGCCUCGCAUCGAGCCCGCCGGCCCAGGACAGGCUUCGUGCGGAGUUGGUGGCAGCGAAGAGUCGUCUCGGGGGCGGGGACAUCUCAUACGACGAGCUCAUGUCUCUGCCCUACCUCGACGCCGUAUGCGCCGAGACACUGCGCGUACACGUCCCGGCCCCGCUCCGUUUCCGAGAGGCACAGGCGGAUGCUCUACUCCCGCUCUCAAAACCCAUUCGCGGCAAAGACGGGACGAUGAUGGACUCCAUCUCCGUCCCGAAGGGAACCGUCGUAUUUGUCCCCAUCCAGGCUGCGAAUAUCAACCCCGAAGUCUGGGGCCCCGACGCGCACGAAUGGCGCCCGGAACGCUGGCUGGAGCCUCUCCCGAAAUCGGUCGCAGCAGCGAAGACCCCCGGGGUCUACUCCAACAUUAUGACGUUCUGGGGUGGCCGGCGGUCGUGCAUCGGCUUCAAGUUCGCUCAGCUCGAGAUGAAAGUCGUGUUAGCGGAGCUGAUAGCCACGUUCGUGUUCGACAAGACCGACGCGCCUGUGAUAUGGAACUUCGCCGAGAUCGUCCACCCUACCGUCGGGGCUGACUCUUGGCACCCCGAGUACCUGAUGAAGGUUACGCUGGCACAGGAAACGUCCGCCUCGGACGCCAGAUAG